AGACCCGGAGCAGCAUGUGGACACUCGGGCGCCGCGCGGCCGCCGGCUUCCUGCCCCGGUCGGCAUCCCCGGGCCCGUCCCAGGCCCUCACUCGGGCCUCGCGGCCUGCGGGACUCGCCCCGCUCUGCAGCCGCCGGGGCCUGCGCGUCGGCACCGCCGCGGCCUGCGCGCCCCGCUACGCCAGUUUGAACCUCCACUACCUCAACCAGAUUCUGAAUGGAAAAAAGCAGAGCGUCUAUUUGAUGAAUUUGAGGAAAUCAGGAACUUUGGGCAACCCGGGCCUGUCCAAUUCUGGCCUCUGGGAAGCACAUCUUUGUCUUACCAUGAGUAGGAGGACAGCUGGACAGCUGCUUCUUCUGUGGCCCAGCUCUCUGCUGUCAGGUAGCACCUGCCAAGCUCUUGACUUUGGACUUUAUACCUGUGUCAGUUCUCUAGAUGAGACGACCUAUGAAAGACUAGCAGAGGAAACUCUGGACUCCUUGGCAGAGUUUUUUGAAGACCUUGCAGACAAGCCUUACACAUUUGAGGACUAUGAUGUCUCCUUUGGGAGUGGUGUUUUAACAAUUAAACUGGGUGGAAAUCUAGGAACCUAUGUGAUCAACAAGCAGGCCCCAAACAAACAAAUCUGGUUAUCUUCUCCAUCCAGUGGGCCCAAGCGUUAUGACUGGACUGGGAAAAACUGGGUAUACUCCCACGACGGUGUGUCCCUCCACGAGCUGCUGGCCACCGAGCUCACUGAAGCCUUAAAAACCAAAUUGGACUUAUCUUCCUUAGCCUAUUCUGGAAAAGGCACUUGAUACCCAGCUCCAUCUUAAAGACAUUAAAAACUAUCAGUCCAAGACCCCAGCUUCAUUCUGCAGCUGAGUGUCUCUUUUCAUUCCUGCUUUUGAGGACAGUUGCAUUGUAUGUGACAGCUCUGUGAAAAGAAAGGUCACCUCCCACCCUGCCCCCAAGUUCUGAUUUUUAUUUUCUGCAGAGGUUUUUUGGGUUUAUUAUCUGAUUUCCCUCCUCACAUGAUGUCCCUCAUCUUUUAUAAUGUCUUAUAACCAUAACUUAAUAUAAUAACCUUACAAAAAGAAACAUAAGAAGAAGGAAAAAUUCCAGGAGGAGACAUGAAUCGUCUUCACUCUUCAUUCUUUGAAGGAUUUACUGCAAAAACUCCAUGAUGAGCAACUGGCCCAGCUUGCCAUUCUGUCCCAAAAUGAGACUUAGUAAAGGGUGCCCUCCAAGUGUUCCCAGGCCUCUUUCAAAGUGUAAACCCUUCUGAGCCCUUUAGCAUUGAAGUGUCAAAAGCAACCCACACAAGAAGACUCUUCCCCCUUUGUGUUCUGUGACUGCCCGUUGUAGCCUGCACUGUGUGAUCCAGGAGACCUGCUGCUCUUUCUUCCAUAUGUUCAAAUAGAUUUGUGUGUGUAUAUAUAUUUUUAAUUUAAGUGUCAGUAUAGAAUCAGCUGUUGCAACACGGGUCUGAGAAUGUAAAAAAAUCUUUAAAAUGACAAGAAGGUUGACGGGUUAGCUCAGUUGGUUAGAGCACGGUGUUAUGACACCAAGGUCAAGGGUUCGGACCCUCUUACCAGCAAGCUGCCAAAAAAAAAUGAGGGGGAGCCAUUUCCAUAAGCCGAGUGAUGUAGUGUAAUAAACAAGGUCAUAGAGCUAAGGAGAUACUUUGUAAGUGAGGGGCCUUGUAAAUGAAAGAGAUGUUCGUAUUGAUGUAAAAAGCCCUAGUCCUAGACUUGGCUUAGCCACAGAAGUAGGUGUCUCUCUGUGGGCAGGUUUUACAAACUCCCUGGACCUCUGCUUUCCCGUCUGUUCAGUGAGAGGAUGGAAUAUGUUCAGUAUCCCAUCCGACGGCCUAACAGGCCAGCUUUAAUUCCCACUGGGUAGAUGAGAGGAUGACAAUGAGCAAUUUCUAAUGCUAUAUAAUAAAUAUAUUGUUAUUGGUGUUGA